AUGACGCUAAGCAUCCCAUACUGCUUCCUGGUCGCCAUCCCUUUUCGCGUCUCAUUGUUAUUCACGAACAUCAGAGACACUUCCACGCAGGCCCUCAAGCAACAUUGUCUGCUAUCUCCAAAAAUGGCUUCUACAUUAAUGGGAAACCUUCCUAAACAUAGAAUUACAGUGCCUAAACGGCCUUUUUUCAUAUGUGGCAUUGACUAUGCUGGUCCUUUUUACAUUAAGGAAGGAACUCGAAAAAACGCAAAAUUAGUCAAGUGCUACAUGGCAAUUUUUGUAUGCUUCGCCACUACUGCUGUUCACAUUGAGCUAGCAACAGAUCUAUCUACCGCAGCUUUCUUAAACGUUUUAAAGCGCUUUAUUUCCCGGAGAGGACAUCCAUCAGAUAUUUAUUCUGACAAUGGCCUAAACUUCAAAGGUGCUUGCCGUGAACUAACUGAGCUAGCAACAGUGUUCAACGAUCAACAAAACCAACAGCAGAUUAUCGGCUAUGUAUCUGCUAAAGGAAUCAACUGGCACUUUACACCCCCUAGAGCGCCUCACCAAGGUGGACUAUGGGAAGCUGCAGUUAAGUCUGCCAAGCGUCAUCUACUUUGUAUAACCAAGGAGACCAACUUAAAAUACGAAGAGUUAGAAACAUUGCUUGUUCAAGUUGAAGCCAUUUUAAAUUCUCGUCCGCUGACUCCACUAUCAUCAGAUUCUCAUGAUCUCACACCGCUAACUCCAGGACAUUUUUUGAUAGGAAGCCCACUGACUUCUUACCCGGAACCAUCCUUAGAAAGGCUACCUGAAAAUCCAGUACACGUGGGACAAAUAGUCCUUCUUCAAGAAGACUCUACUUUGCCCUUAACAUGGCCCCUCGCUAGAAUACAAGCUGUACAUCCCGGUGAUGACGGUAUUAUUCGUACUGUAACUCUACGUACCGCUAAAGGAACUUACAAACGUUCCAUAACGCGUCUGUGUUUACUUCCCUCCGAAGAUCACUAG